AUGGCGCACCGCAGCCCAGCAUCGCCGCUCACCUCAACGACGAAUUUUGCGACAGGCAUUGCAGCAACAUUUUGUCACAGUGGUAUAACAGGGAGCAUCGCAUCGCAUCGCAUCCAUCUCUCUCUCGAAUCUCAUUGUCAUUCUUGUUGCCCCCAACGAACGAACCGCAGCAAUUAAUUAACCAUGCAAUGCAUAGAAGUCGAAAUCGCCACUCGCGAGAUGCCUCGCAGUGGUCGUGGCGGCAGCAACAAUGACAGAGAGGACCAUGGAACAACCAGAAGCAGCAGCAGCAGCAGUGAUCGUCCUUAUCUAGAGCAUUUGUCGCCUUCAGAACCACCAGAAAUGCCUCUUGCUUCUUCUGACGCCACCACCACUGCCAAGCCACCAUCGUCGUCAUCAUGUUGUGCGUGUAUACCCAAACAGUGGUCCAAACUGACGAAUGGCAUUCACAAUCGGAUACAAUCGCUCGUGGUCCAGUUGGCGGUACAUGCGGCUCGUCAUCCCAAACGAUACGUUUUCACGAUCCUUCUACUGGCUCCCGCGCUAUUUAUCACGGGGCUAAUGACCAAUUACAAUGUCAACUUUUCUACGACGGCCAUCUUUGCUCCGUUCAACUCCAAAGCCAAAUACCAUUCCGACUGGAUCGACUACGAAUCGGGAUUUCCAGAACCUACGCGACUCUCCCUCAUGAGUAUCCAUGCCGAUGGCAACAAUGUACUGGAUGUCAUGUAUAUGCGACGAGUCUUUGACGCCGUGCAGUACAUGACCGAUACCCCCGAUUACGGCGCGUUUUGUGCCAAGUCGGGUACCGGUAAUAGUACAAACGACAACACGACGAGCCAAUGCAAGAUCACUGGUCUGACGCAAUUCUUUGACCAUAAUGUCACUGAAUUCGAUCAACUCUACGAACACGGGGGCCAAGAGGCCAUCUUACGGCGACUCUACGGCUACGAGAACGAGAACGACGAGAACAACACGACCAGUACGUCAUCGUCCCUCCAAAGAGUGGAACUGGACCUGAUUCUAGGCAAUGCCAUUGUGGGUGUCGACGACGACGAAAACAGCAGCAGCAACAACGACAACAACGCAACUUCCAACAACAGCAGUAGUUUGAUUUCGUCGUUGCAAUCCUACUCCCUCUUUUUCGAGUUGAUCGAUCAAGACGGAGUGUUGGAAUUCGAAGCGCGUCUAUUGGAACGAAUGAAAGCGCUGCAAGAGCAGUGGCUGCAACAAAAACCAACAAACAGCAAUGGCGUUGUCUUGUUGAAGGUCGAAUACGUUGCCAUGCGAUCGUAUUCCGAUGAAAUGGCACGGGCAGUCCAAGAAGAUUUGCCACUCAUACCGCUGGGCUUUGGACUCAUGGCAUCCUUUACCUGUCUCGUCUUUAUCCGAUGCCGAGACCGUGUCCAGUCGCGAUGCUUGUUGGGAAUCGGAUCCGUCUUUACGAUUCUAUUGUCACUGUUGACCAGUUUCGGACUCGUCUUUUGCAUUGGGAUUCCGUAUACCAACAUGACGCAAGUAAUUCCCUUUGUGGUGUUUGGCGUCGGAUUGGACGACACAUUCAUGAUUACUGGUGCCUAUUUUCGAACAGAUCCUCGCAAGGACCCGGCUGAACGGGUCGAGCAGGCCAUGCAAGAAAUCGGAUUGAGUAUCUCCGUCACCACCUUGACCACAAUGCUGGCAUUCCUGAUCGGGUGCAUAUCCACCAUUCCUGCCAUAUUUUGGCUGAAUCUAUACGCUCUUCCUUGUAUUGCCAUUGACUUCUUCUAUCAAAUCACAUUCUUCGUGGCACUCCUUGUCUUGGACGAACGACGAAUUCAAGCGAGGCGCAUGGAUUGCUGUCUUUGCGUUCGUUCAUCAGCAGCUUCUGACGACGGCGCUAGCGACACCGAGACGGAGUGUGACAGCAGGAAUUUCCAAGAUGAAAAGGCUCCCUCGCCAAGGAAGCAGCAGCAUCAACCGAAGCACAACAGCACCAGAGAUAAAUCUGUGCCCGAGCGAUUCAUGGGCUGGUACGCUCGACAUUUAUUGCGUCCUUGGGUGAAGAUCUUUGUCAUUGUAGCAUUCCUGGCCCACGCGGGCUUUUGUGCUUAUUCCACCAGUCUCUUGACACAACACUUUGACUUCGGUGAGCUCCUUCCGGAAGAUUCAUACGCAAGGGGUUUUCUGCACUCCAUUGAGGCAUACACCUCUCGCAUUCUUGGUGUGAGCAUUUAUUUUCGGGGCGACUUUGAUCAACUGGAUCCUGAUAUGCAACAACGCAUGAACGAAUACGUUGAUGAACUCGGUACACUUCCACAGUUUGCCGACGAACCCGUUCUUUGCUGGUUUCGAGACUUGCAAGACUUCCCCAACUCGGAGGUAGCGCAAAGUUUUGGCAUUGACACGGGGUUUUGGAGCACUCUGACGUUGCAAGAGCAGGUCGACAUUGCGUUUUCCUUUUCCGAGGUCAGGGAUGUUUACGGAAGCCAAGUAGUCUUCGACGAGACGGGCAAAAUCUCCGCAUCUUCUUGUUACACGUAUUUGUCGGGUAUCAACCUGAAAGUGGCAAAGGAACAAAUACAGGUAUUGCAAGAUCAAAGAGCCAUUUCCGCUCGUCAGCCAAUCAACGAAGGGACCGAAGACUGGUCGUUCUUCACGUUCAAUUCGGAUUACUUUAUCUGGGAGUUCUAUUCUGCAGUCGUGGAGGAACAACUUUUGACGACCAUUGCUGGCAUUUUGUCGGUCUGUGCUAUUGGCUUCAUUUUCUUCCCCCAUUGGAAGGCUAUCUUAUUUCUCUUCCCGCUGAUGAGUAUGCUCUACAUAUGCCUUCUUGGCACCAUCCAAUACGUUGGGCUGUACAUCAACGCUGUCUCUUGCAUCUGCUUGGUCAUUUCGAUUGGUUUACUUGUCGAUUUUAUCGUGCACAUCCUGUUGAGAUACUUUGAAUCUCACGAAAAGACUCGGGAAGGCAAGGUUCGAGAUACUUUGGAAACAGUGGGUGCUUCGAUCCUUUUGGGUGGCCUGUCAACUUCCCUGAGUGUCCUACCCCUGGCCCUUAGCACCAGUGUCAUCGUGCGCACGGUGUUCAUCUGUUUCUUCGCCAUGAUCACGUUAGGGGUGACGCAUGGUUUGGUUUUUCUUCCCGUUGUGCUUUCCAUCUGGGGCCCACUUGUUGACAACCAUGAUGAUGACAAUGCCUUGCACAGCACCGGUGGCACAGUCGAGUCAUUCGUGGGCACUCCAGACUCGCCCAUGAGUACGAAUACAAGAGACCCAGCUGCUUCUGACACGGAUGAUACAGAUGAGGAUGACAACGACUCUAACGGAUCAAAGCCUCAUAGCCAAAUUUCACUAGCAACGACCGCGCAGUCAUCAGUGCCAUUCCAUGAAGACGACGACGUGUCUCAACAACUUGAAGUGAUUCAUCUUUCACGACGAUACGAGAGCUUCGAGGUGGUAUGGAACAACUUUCCCAGCAUGACAUGAGAAGUGGCAGAUUGAUUGUCGGCAGCAACAAGUGGUAGUUGCCUGCUGCGCAACGAUGAGGAGUCAUGGCCGUUCUCCAUGAUACGGUCGUCUCUAGAGCAACACAGCCUCCGCGAACCUUCAAUCCCUGGGGAGACAGAGAAGAGACGGCAGAACGACCCGAGCUUUCCCUGCUCGGAGAAUCAAUCAAAUAGAACAGUGAAUGGUGCAGGCGAGGCACCACGACGUGGAUACUGCGGUGUGGGUAGCUGGCAAAGACAAUGGCCUGGCUUGAUAGAAGUACGCAAAUAGAACAGUGAAGGACGCAGGCGAGGCACUUACAAUGUGGAUACUGCGGCUCAGGUAGCUGGCAAAGACAACAAACAAGGAAGGGGUUCCAAGCUGGUGACGUUAAGCUGCGUUCGUUGCAACGCUAUAAACAAUUAGUAACCCACUCACACAAACAAGCAAUACGGACGACAGCAACGGGUG